CUCGAGAGCUUUUCCUUCGGAUUGAGGCUGCGAGGUGCGGCAAGGAUGGUCGCAAGCGAUGUGACAAUCGAGGUCACAGAUCCGCCAUGGCAGGAUCUUAAUCGCGCCAUCGGCCAACUGUUCAUGAUGGGAUGGAAUGGCACUACGGUUACCCCGGCCAUUCGAACGUUGAUAGAAGAUCAUCAUCUCGGGUCCAUACUGUUGACCGCGCACAACCUCAGAUGUAUUAUCAGCCUCGUCCUGUAUUGAACCAGCCUGGUAAUGAGCGCUCGCUGACUAGACCACCGCCCAGCGGCUGCAGAAACGAAUAGACUGAUCUACGAGCUUCAGAGCAUUGCAUACCAAGCCGGCCACCCAGUACCGCUGACAAUCGCCCUGGAUCAAGAAAAUGGCGCGGUCAAUAGUCUCACUGACGAUGCUCACAUCCGGCAAUUCCCAAGUGCGAUGGGAGUCGCGGCGACAGGUUCGUCCCGGGUUGCCUUCGAUGUCGCAAGAGCUACGGCCCUAGAGAUUGCUGCAGUUGGCGUCAACUUGAUCCUGGGCCCGGUGCUGGAUGUACUGACGAACGCGAGGAGUCAGCCCCUGGGGGUUCGCACGUUCGGCGACGAUCCUCAGGACGUGUCACGCCUUGGGACCACCUAUGUAAGUGGAUAUAAGAGUGCGGGAAUAGCGACGUGCGGCAAACAUUUCCCAUCCUAUGGGAAUCUGCAGUUCCUGGGCGUUGGGGGCCAGGAGAUUCCUGUCAUCACAGACACGUUGGAGCAACUGAGUUCCAGUGCCUUGUCGCCUUUCCGUACUGCAAUCGCUGGAGGGUUAGAUGCUAUGAUGGUCGGCGGAUGCGCCCUGGUGGGCUCCGGGGCACAUGUGAUGCAUGCGUGCUUGUCACACCAAGUGGUGACGGAGCUUCUCAAGCGAGAAUUGGAAUUUGACGGAGUGGUUGUUUCAGCCUGCCUAGGCAUGGAAUCGGUGAUGCGACAUAUCGGAGUGGGUGGAGGGACAGCCAUGGCCAUCAACGCCGGAUGUGACAUCGUCGUGGUCUGCCGCUCGUUUCCGGUCCAGCUUGAUGCCAUCUCGGGGCUGAAGCUCGCAGUCCAGAACGGCACACUGUCCAAGAAUAGGGUCUAUGAAUCCCUGGCAAAGGUCUUGAAGAUGAAGUCGAAAUGCACGUCGUGGGAGAAGGCGCUGAACCCGAUGAGCAUGGAUGCACUUUCCGACCUUCAAUUAUCACACUCACAACUCUCCCGAACCGCCUACCAACGUUCCAUCACUCUGCUUCGUGACAAAAGCCACUUUAUCCCGCUCGCGGAUUCCUCUCGAGACGCCGACGAGAUCCUUCUACUGACUCCCCUACUGAAGCCACCUCCCGCAUCUGCCGCGAAACAAGAGGAUGUGGACGGUCCGGUCAAAGCCUUUCCGGAAAAUAUGUUUCAAUGCAGCCUAGCGGUCAUGCAAGGAGAAGAAACGUUCACUGAAUUCGGGCGGCUUCUCGCUCAUCGCCUUGGGCGCAAGCUUUUACAUGCUUCUUAUACCGCACAGGGGGUCCGUCCCGUGCACCAGAACCUGAUCAGCCGGGCUAGCACGGUCGUCAUCGUGGCAGCAGACGCCCACCGCAAUCAUUACCAGUCGGGGUUCACCAAACACGUGGCGAUGCUGUGCAACUCGCAGUUCUGCGCAAGCAACGAAAGAAGAGAAAAGCCUCUGGUUGUGGUCUCGGUCGGUUCCCCCUACGACUUUUCCAUGGAAAGGUGCGUUGGGACGCACAUCUGCACAUUUGACUUCACGCGAGGCGCACUCGAGUCUCUGGUGGACGUCCUCGUAGGCGCUCAAGCCCCAAGUGGGACCCUUCCAGGGGUCGGCAAGAGGCAGCAACUGCUCUCCAAGGCAGCACAGGCACAGCACUGGCUAGUGGAACAUUGGUCUCAGGACAGAGAUGGGAAGGCGCUGGACGACCUGAUCAGGGCAGUGGUCAAGGCCACACCGUCCCAACGACGGUCGUCGCUCGCCGGGACCACGUCGGACUCGUUCUGUCUGCGUAAAGAGCAUAUUGAAGAGGCGCAUUUCGUGGUGCGAAACAGCAGCACUCAAGCACUCUAUGGCUUCUGCUCGACCUAUUUUUACCGAGACUCCGGCACCGGAGUGAUCGGGGCCUUGUUCGUUGACCCAACCAGACGCAAUCUCUCGAUUGGCAAUUCCCUCCACAAGAGGGCCAAACAGGCACUCCUCGGGCGACCGGGCGUCAAGUCGAUCCAGCUCGGAUCCGGAUUUUCCACCGUUUUCUCAGGGCUGCCAGCGGAUGACCCGGGAGAAAGACAGCGACUACGAGAAUGGUUCGGCAAACGAGACUGGCAUAUUUCCAACCCGGUCCUCGCACACAGGAUGAGACUUGGACACCUUUCGAAGUGGGCGCCGCCCAUGGGUAUGCUAGGCGCCGUUAGAGAUCUCGCAAUCGGUUAUGACACUGUCUCCGAUCCUGGAAGUGCAGCCGACAUUCUCAGUUACGUCGAAAGUCAUGCGACCCCAGGCGAGGUGGAAUUGUACAAGAUGGGCUUGGCCGAGUACAAGGCCUAUCCGGUUGUUCGUGCUCGGAGCCUUGGGGAUGGCUCUGUUGUUGGGUGCGCCAUCAUGUGCGACGGUCGUUCGCUCCUGGCGCGGUUGUUACCCGUCCUACAGGAUCCGAAUGACACUGCUGGAGGGUUUCUGUCCCCGAUCGUCUCCCCCAUCGGCCGCGAAGUCGUCCUGGUACUGCAGGGGCUGCUGCUCUACGGAAUCCGGCGUCUCAAAGCCCAAGGGUUGACAACCUGCAUCGUAGACAUGGUAUCAGGGGAAUCCAGGAUCCAGGCCGUCGCCGCCAUGGGCUUCGAGGUCCUCCAUAGCUUUGAGGGAGGCAUCCGGCUUUGCCCAAAAUCUUAAUGGUGGUAUAACCAUACUUCACUCAAUAACGUCAAGCAUGUAAACGAGGUUUGUCAAGGCUGUCCAUGCUACUUGGGGUCUGUGACGAUAUCUGUGACUCCGAUGGCGGACCGUGGACUGUACUGACAGAGAGAGCGCGUGGGGAACAGUGCACGCUGUGCUCAUCGUCAAGCCAACUGGUCAGCUGCUCGGCUGGUUUUCAAGUCGUAAUCGUCAUUCUGCAAACCGAGAACAUCGAAGGAUCUACACUUCCACCAACCUGGUUGUUUGUACAUUACUACGCUGCGCCUUCCGCUCAGAUGUACAAUGGAUCAUCCUUCCUGCCACUAUUGCAUCUGGAGCCCAGGAACGUCUGCUCCUCCCCAAGGUCACCAUGUACGCUGAGUUCUCCCGAGGUCGAAUGUUGAAAGCUUCAGUCGGCACUGCGUCCGCAGAUACUCAGCAAUUCAUAUGUUAGUCGCGCUGCGCCGUGCUGUGGAAAGAGAGGUUGACGGUCGAUAAGAUCAAUCAUCCAAGGCGCAUCUGCAUUAGUGGGUGCCCUCGCGGAUAACUUCGAACUUUCGAUGGACUGUUAUCUGGAUGAACAAAAUAAUUGGCAGCCUUGGAAGGAGAGGACGGGGACACUGUGCCGCCUGGUUGCUUUCAAUUUGUAGGACUUCCCUGGUUAUCAUUCCCAGGGCUCGCCAAUCAGCUCAAGGGGGGCGCCAGUGGUGGAGGGUGGGAGUCACUGCAUAGUCACUGGCCCGAGGCUCUUGUAUACAUGAUGAAGUUGAUUAUUUUGACUCUAUUUCGACUUGGAUAUAUGUCGAAGUUGAACAGACUUUUCUCACCACUCUGUAACCACGAGGUUUGUGAAGGAUAUAUUUUAG